CUUGUGUACAGCUCCAACAAUUGAUCCGUGAUCUUGCUAUGAAUCGGUAUUUGCCUAACGUCCUCGUGUUGCUGGGCAAUCUUUGGUCUAGUUUAGCUCGUGCAUAUUCCAAAACAUAGCAGCCGUUUUAGCGUCAUAUGCUAGCAGAAAUAGUAAUGAAGCAGUAUCGGCCGGUUUGGUCCUGUGAUGUGUGUAGAAAUACUGAGAGGAGGGAUGCCGCCUGUGUCCGAGGUGGAGAUACCAGUACCAGAGGAGGGCGCUGGGGGGCUGUGUCGGUCGGACUGCGUCUGCCCCAUAUGUCUGGAAAUCUUCAUAGAACCUGUGACACUACCCUGCGACCAUACGCUAUGCAAACCAUGUUUCCUGGAAACUGUGGACAAGGCGAGCAUGUGCUGUCCACUGUGCCGUAAGCGUGUCGCUACCUGGUCACGGCACCACGGCAGGAACAACACGCUUGUGAACAAGGAACUAUGGCAGCGCAUUCAGAAGGCAUUUCCUGAGCAGUGUCAGAGGCGACUGAGCGGCCUGGAGGAUGACACUUCAGUCGCGGUAGUUGCAGCGCCCAAAGUGUGUGAGCCAGGAGAGCUGCGAAGGGAAUACGAAGAUGAGGUCACCAAGGUGGAGGCUGAGCGUCGUGCGCGUGAGGAGGAGGAGCGAAGGGCGAGCGAGGAGUUCAUCAGGCGGAUGCUAGAGGAGGACCAGAGGCAGCUGGAGGAGCAGCGGCGGAGGCAGCAGGAGAGCCAGCAGAAGGAUGAGAUGCUGGCCAGGCAGAUCAACCAGGAACUGAACUCAGAUGGCGUCUCUGUGGCGAACCCCCAGCCAGUGGAGACCCCACCAACCAAAGGCAUAGAGAAGUUUUUUGGGCCGCCACGAAAUCGUGCCAGUGCCUCAGAUUCCAGUUUUGCCUCAAGCGACAUGGACGUUGAGAUGUCCAUCCUCCCGUCGGAGAGGCCUUCCUCCUCCUCGGCUGGCCUUGACCUGCCUCCUCUGGACUACUACGGCCCGACCAGUACCCGCCACCACCACAACACCAGUGGCAGCAUCUGGCCCUUCCAGGACAACCCCUCUCCACCCCGGUCACCCUCCCCGUCUUCCUCCAUCUCCUCCUCAUUCUCCUUGGCCUCGGCCAGUGUGUGUGACCUGACGGACGUUCAGAGCCCUGAGCGGAGGAGGAGGAGCGGUUUAUCGGGCAAGAGGAAGAACGCCGUCCUGGAGGAUGAGGAGGAGGAGCAGGAGAACGAGCCUUGCGGUAGCGGCGGUUCGGCUGCCAAACGAGCCUCCUGUUCUUCAUUCAGCGGAGUCCCAGUGCGACUUAACGUGCUGCAGGUGUUGACACAGCAGGAGGAGGUGCUACAGGAGCGUCAGCGUCAGGAACAGGAGGACCUGCAGCUGGCCCUGCGCCUCCAACGCCAGCUGGAGAAGGAGGAGAGACGCAGGAGCGCCGUCCUGGCCAUCGAGCCCUACCAGCUACGGCAGAAGACACCUCAGGCCAAGAGCUGGAGGGAUAGAGAUGGGGACGGGGAUGGGGACAAUGGGAGCGGCAACAGAGGAGGAAGAGGAGAAGGAGGAAGGAGAGUAAACAGGGGAGCUGAUGAUGUUUUCCAGUCCCCUACAGUCCCCACCACCCCUACUGCCAAGCGGACAAUGUCAGGGGAGAGGGGAGGCAAGGGGAAGGCACCUGUAGUUGUGAGGGGAGGUGGGUGUAGGAAAGGUGGAGGUGGCGAGAAGGGGAAGACGCCCAAGCAAAACCAGCAUGGUGCUGGUGGUGCUGCUGCUGCUGGUGGUGCAUCCUCAUCCAUGUCCCCGUCUGACACUACAGGCACUGCUGCAGCGACUGCUACCGCCCCAGGCCUGGGCAAAGCCCGCAAGCAGACCACGAUCACAGAACUGUUUAACGGCCACAACAGCUGAGCAGCACUGUCUCUCUUUCUAGCUCGCUGUUGGACUACUCAAUGAGUGAAGUGAUGUGGACUACUGUAGCCUAAAGUGUGCCUGAAUCCUGAACAGUGUAUGAAGACAGAAAAAAGUACCCGUGCACUGCCUUGUUGGUGCACAAUUGUUGAUGAAGUUCAGGAUUACAUGUUUACCUGAAGCAUAUUGGGAGAAAUUGCCCUAGCAACUGGGGCUUUUGUUGAAUUCCCUGCAUGUUUUUAAUGUUUAAACACUGUAAGCAGGGCCUACUAUGCCAGAUGUGCUUUACGGUCGAUAUGCAUUUCGGUCGAUAUGCAUUUCGCUCAGACAUACCUGUACAGUAUCUUGGGAUUGCCUUUUCUUUGGAUCUUUUUUGUCUGCCAUAGUUCAGACAUGAACUGUGCUCUCCGCUCAAAAUAGUUCCAGCUUCUGACAUUUUAAGAUCUUUUUAUUUCAGUUUUUUUGUAAGUUUGCUUAUAUUAGUAUGUUUAUAUUUGAUAACAAAACAAUAAACUGAUAAACUGAAGGAAA